GGGAAGAGGCUGAGGGAGAGAGGAGGGGGAGGCAAUCAGCUCAGCACCUCUCCUCCACCAGGAAGAGAAGCACAGCGGGACAGGCCCGGGAGAAGACGCUCACUCUCAUGCACACAGUCAAAGACACGCUGCUGAUCGGCCGGGUCAACGUGUAGAGGUCACAAAGGGAGCUGCAGCGGGGACGGGGUUGGGUGUACCCCUGCCGGCUGGUAGGUCUACAAGAUCACAGUCCGUCCUUGGAGGAAGUGUAAGGAGAAGGGGUCCGCCGGAGAAAAAGGGGUCGGCUCCCCAAGCCCUGCUUCUUCUGAGAGCCCUGCAACCUUUCCGUCACCAUGGGGGAAUGGACCAUUUUAGAGAGGCUGCUGGAGGCGGCUGUCCAGCAGCACUCUACCAUGAUUGGAAGGAUCCUGCUGACAGUGGUGGUGAUUUUCCGUAUCCUAAUAGUAGGCAUAGUGGGGGAGAAGGUGUACGAGGACGAGCAAAUCAUGUUCAUCUGUAACACCAUGCAGCCCGGCUGCAACCAGGCUUGUUAUGACAAGGCCUUCCCCAUCUCGCACAUCCGCUAUUGGGUCUUUCAGAUCAUCCUGGUGUGCACGCCGAGCCUGUGCUUCAUCACGUAUUCUGUUCACCAGUCUGCUAAAGCGCGUGACCGAAGCUACUCUCUCCUGCACCCUUACAUGGACCACCCCGGUCACGGUCACCACGGCCGCCAUCAUGACCAUCACGCUCGCAAGCUUCACUCUCGCAACAUCAACGGCAUCCUGGUGCACCCCGACAGCAGUAAGGAGGAUCACGACUGCCUGGAGGUCAAGGAGAUCCCCAACGGACCCCGGGGACUCCCUCAAACACACAAGAGUGCGAAAGUGCGACGGCAGGAAGGCAUCUCCCGUUUCUACGUCAUCCAGGUGGUGUUCCGCAAUGCACUGGAGAUCGGCUUCCUGGCUGGCCAGUACUUCCUGUACGGUUUCAAUGUGCCAGGGAUGUUUGAGUGUGAUCGCUACCCAUGCGUGAAGGAGGUGGAGUGUUACGUCUCUCGUCCCACAGAAAAGACUGUGUUUCUGGUCUUUAUGUUUGCAGUGAGCGGCAUUUGUGUGUUGCUCAACCUGGCUGAGCUCAACCACCUUGGCUGGAGGAAGAUAAAGACGGCCAUCCGAGGGGCGCAGGCCCGAAGGAAGUCCAUCUGUGAAGUCCGUAAGAAGGAUGUUUCACACCUGUCCCAGGCCCCCAACCUGGGCAGGACCCAGUCUAGUGAGUCAGCCUACGUCUGA